UUGUGAGUAAUGUAAUUACGUUCAAUUUCAAAAGUAGAUUUUCGUGUUAAUGGCUCUAAGUAACGUGAUCUAAUCUAACUAGCAAAUCAAAGUGGAUCGAUGUAAGGUUACUGUCACGUAACAGUUUGUGUUAAAAUGGAGAAGCCUGAUAAGCCAGUGGCGAGCGGGGUGCAGCCGAUCGUGAAGAUCGGGCACUACACCCUGGGCGCCACGCUCGGGGUCGGCACCUUCGGGAAAGUGAAGAUCGGCGAACACCAACUCACCAAGCAUAAGGUGGCCGUCAAGAUCCUGAACCGACAGAAGAUCAAGUCGCUCGAUGUUGUUGGGAAAAUCCGUCGUGAGAUACAAAAUCUUAAGUUGUUCCGGCAUCCUCAUAUCAUCAAAUUGUAUCAGGUGAUCUCCACUCCAACAGACAUAUUUAUGAUAAUGGAGUAUGUGUCGGGCGGGGAGUUGUUUGACUACAUAGUAAAACGCGGCAAGCUGCAGGAGCAUGAAGCUCGCAGAUUCUUCCAACAGAUAAUCUCCGGUGUGGACUACUGCCACAGGCACAUGAUCGUGCACCGGGACCUCAAGCCGGAGAACCUGCUGCUUGACCACAACAUGCACGUCAAAAUUGCGGACUUCGGUCUGUCUAAUAUGAUGAUGGAUGGAGAGUUUCUGAGGACUUCCUGUGGCUCACCCAACUAUGCGGCCCCUGAGGUAAUAUCUGGCAAGCUCUACGCCGGCCCAGAAGUGGACGUAUGGUCCUGCGGCGUCAUACUCUACGCCCUUCUGUGCGGCACCCUGCCCUUCGACGACGAGCAUGUCCCAACCCUCUUCCGGAAAAUCAAGUCCGGAAUAUUUCCCAUCCCGGAAUACCUGAACAAGAGCGUGGUCAGCCUGCUGUGCACCAUGCUGCAAGUGGACCCCAUGAAGAGGGCCAGCAUCGAGGAUGUGAAGAAACACGAGUGGUUCCAGAAGGACCUGCCCGGGUAUCUGUUCCCGUCGCCGGUUGAACAGGACAGCAGCGUAAUCGACACAGAAGCCAUAAGCGAAGUGUGCGACAAGUUCGGCGUGAAAGAGCACGAAGUACACAACGCGCUCCUGAGCGGCGACCCCCACGACCAACUCGCCAUCGCCUACCACCUCGUCAUAGACAACAAGAGAAUUGCUGACGAGGCUGCCAAAGCUGAGAUCAAGGACUUCUAUGUUGCCAACAACUCGCCGCCAGUAGCGGUGACGGAGAGCGGGCGCCCGCACCCGGAGAGGAUCGCUCCGCUGCGAGACAAGACCUCGCCGGUGCAGCCGCUGCAGGACAAGGCCCGCGGCACGCCCGUCAAGAGAGCUAAAUGGCACUUGGGCAUCCGUUCUCAGAGCAAGCCCAACGACAUCAUGCUUGAGGUGUUCCGCGCCAUGAAGGCGCUCGACUACGAGUGGAAGGUCAUCAACCCCUACCACGUCAGGGUCCGCACACUAAACAAAAUGACAACCAAACAUGUCAAGAUGUCGCUCCAGCUGUACCAAGUGGACUACAAGUCCUACCUCCUCGACUUCAAGUCCCUCUCCGGGGAGAAGGAAGACUCCGAGGACGACUUGGCGUCCCCCAUGGCGCCCCCACCGCCGAUGGCACCGCCUUCUGCGAGCCUCCAGAACCUGCAGCCCCAGGGACACCACACUAUGGAGUUCUUCGAGAUGUGUGCGGCACUCAUUAUACAGCUAGCUAGAUAAAGUUUCGGUUAUGACCUGUGGGACAAAAAG